AUGGCAGUGCCAAUCCUCAACCUCACCACUCUGUCCACCGCAACCGUGAAACGCACCGUCAUCUUCACCACCCCAACGAACUACGCCGCCAGACUCUCCGACCUCCUCACUCUCAAAGGCCACAAUCCUCUCUGGUGCCCCACCAUCACCACGUCCCCAACUCCCCAAUCACUCUUCCCCUACCUUUCCCCAUCCUCCCUCUCCCUCUUCUCCGCCGUCGCCUUCCCUUCUCGCGCCUCCAUCACCUCCUUCUCCCUCGCAGCCACCUCUCUCCCGAAACCCCUCCUCCCCUCUCACGGCCCCACGCUUAUCCUCGCCGCGUUAGGCAAAGAUUCAGAGCUAAUCGACACCCCUUUCAUCUCCCAAAUUUGUUCCAACUUGCAACGGAUUAAAAUCCUAGUCCCUCCCAUCGCCACUCCCAACAGCUUAGCCUUGUCUCUCGGGCAAGGAUACGGUCGAAAAGUGUUAUGUCCGGUUCCCAAAGUCGUCGGACUAAACGAACCGCCGGUCGUCCCGGAUUUCCUCAACGAUUUGAAGAGCGGUGGGUGGUUCCCGGUUCGGGUCGACGCCUAUGAAACCAGAUGGUUGGGACCCGAUUGUGUUAAGGGAGUGGUGGAAAAAGGGCAGGAGGAGAAAGAAGAUGAAGCGUACGCCAUUGUUUUUACGAGUAGUGGAGAAGUGGAAGGGUUUUUGAAGAGCUUAAAAGAGUUGGGGUGGGAUUGGGGGAUGGUCAGGAGGAGGUGGCCGCGUUUAGUGGUGGCGGCUCAUGGACCGAUCACGGCGGCGGGAGCGGAGAGGUUGGGGGUGGAAGUCGACGCUGUGAGUUCCGAUUUUGGCAGCUUUCAAGGUGUUGUUGACGCGCUUGAUGUGCAUUUGAAGGGUUUAAACAUGUAA